AUGGCCUCUAGGAUUGACGUAUCAAGGCGCCUCCGCCGCGCCAUCAUUCUGAACGACCUCACGCUCGUCCAACGGAUCGUACGAAACAAUCCACACGCACUACAAAACCCCGACUUCGACGAGAAGAGCAACACAAGCCUACAUCUGGCAGCCAAAGAGGGCUUCCUAGAGAUCGCAACGGACACUGUCCUAACAUAUCUCCACCAGCGCUUCCUCAUCAAAGCCGGCCACGAAAACGCCGGCAUCUCUCGCAACGCAGACUGGGACACACCACUCAUGCUCGCCGCCCAAAACCAGCACGUCUCCGUCGGCGAACUCCUCGUCCGCGCCUUCCCCCGCUGCGUCCCCUGGACAAACAAAGCCGGCAUGGACGCCCUCAUGCUCUCCGCCCGCGCCGGCACAACCGCCCUCCUCCCUACCCUCCUCACCUCACCCAGCCCGUCCUCCGUCCACCUCGCCGAUCGCAGCGGCAACACAGCCCUCCACCACGCCUCCGCCGCCGGCGAACUCAAAGCUGUCCGUCUCCUCCUCCAAUUCGGCGCCUCGCCCGUCGCCCAGAAUGCAUUCUCAUGGACGCCAAUCGCAUACAGCGCCACCGCGGCCGCGGAGCAGUAUUUCAAGACUCUCGUUGCGGAAAUUGAGGCGGCGCAGAAGAAAGAUCAGUUGCUUGCUGGUGGUGGGACAGGUGGAGGAGGUGGUAAUGGGGGUGCUCAUCAUGGCAUGAAUCGCCGUCCGGGAGGUGGAGGAGGAGUUAGGUUAGUGACGAGCGAGGAUGUACUUGGACGCGCGGUGGAUGACGGGAGUAUAUUGCCGGCGCCGCCGCGCGUAGAGUGGAGUCCUGUCGAGCAGCGGCGGGCUAUGACGCCGACGACAGGCAGGAGCGAGUGGAUUGGAGCGGCUGGGCAGAGGGUCGUCAAUAAUAUGCAGCAGAUGCAGAGCGGGUUGAGGGCAAGGGCGCACAGUGGAGAUUGA